AGCACAGACAGACAUCACCACCAACCUGUGCAAAGGUGAUUCCCACAGCUGAAAGAAAGAAGCAUUUUUAGAGCAAAAAAAGCUUUUCGUGUUACAGGAGCUGAAGCAAAGCAUAUUCCAGUAUGCUUAAGCUGUGUGGACUUCAAUUUCUGCUUCUCAUUCAUUUGGCUAUAUGGCUUAAUCUGGAGGGCCUGAGUGUAACUGGACCUCUGAAGGACAUGGAUUUCUCUGUUCAAGAAGGAGGGGGUCCACGCAUCCUUCACCAGUUCAAACUUGAGUCACCUGCUGUGAGUUUUAGAACGUCUGGUGAAAAAGCUGGAAUUAUUGACAUUGAGCCGAGGACAGGCAUCCUGUAUAUCAAUGGGUCUCUGGACUGGGAGACCAAAAAAGUGCACAAGCUGCAGGUGGAAAGUCUGGAUGAGAGUGGAAAGAGAGUUAAAGGUCCAUAUGCUGUUACAAUAUAUGUGGAGGAUAUCAAUGACAACCCACCAGAAUUUAACCAGACAAAGUACUAUGGAGUAGUGAGGCAGAACUCUCGUCCAGGCAAGCCCUUCAUGUAUGUCCAUGCCACUGACCGUGAUGAUCCUACAACUCUCCAUGCACAACUGUCUUACAGCAUUCUCCAUCAUUUUCCCAACCCUUAUGAAGAAAUGCUUUUCCAGAUUGAUAAUGCAACUGGAGCAAUCUCACCAAGCAGGAAGGGCUCUUAUUACUUGGAUCCUCAAAAGCAGGACACCUUCAUACUUGUUGUCUCCGUGAAGGAUAUGGCAGGGACGACAACAAAUGCUUUCACCAGCAGUGUCGAUGUGAUCAUCACUGUGAAGGAGAGCCUGUGGAAAGCUCCCCCCACCAUUCACAUCAAAGAAAACUCAACCCAGGUCCAUCCUGUCAACAUCAGCAAGGUGCAGUCAAACGAACCAGGUGUAAUUUAUGGCAUUUUUGAAAAAGAAAAGCUGCCAAGGCUCCCAUUUUCCAUCAGUGAGGAUGGUGAUAUUUAUGUGACCCAACCAUUGGACAGGGAAGAAAGGGAUACUUAUACAUUCUUUGUGGUGUCAAAAGAUAACACGGGAGAACUAGUGGACAAGCCUUUGCAAAUUCACGUUAUUGUGGAAGACAUCAAUGACAAUCCCCCUGUCUGUCAGCAGGACCUCACCAUAAUUGAAGUUCAAGAAAAUGAAAUAGGAGGAAGUAAUAUUGGCACUGUGAUUGCUACCGACAUGGAUAAGAAGGAUACCCUUAAUUCUCGUCUGCAUUUCCAGAUCCAAAGUCAGGAACCUGAAUUUCCCUUAAAGAAUCUUUUCUAUAUUCAGCAAGACACUGGGACUUUGCAAUUAACUGGCCAUUCCUUAAACAAGCGCGUGUCAGCCAAGUAUUUCUUGAAGGUCCUGGUGACAGAUUCAAAAUUCAAAACAAUCUGUGAUGUGGAAGUACAUGUCAUUGACAUCAAUGAUCAAAUUCCCAUCUUUAAAAAUUCAGAUUAUGGCAGUGUGGCUGUGGCAGAAGAUAUCUCAAUAGGAAGUGUGAUAUUAGAAAUUGAAGCAACUGAUGGAGAUGAGCCUGCCACAGGGAGCUCCCUCAUCAUUUACCAAGUGAAGGAAGGUGAUCCAAACAACACGUUCAUCAUAGAGACAGACUCUGAAACAAAUCGAGGGUUCAUCAGGAUAAACAAGGCUCUUGAUUUUGAAACAAUGCCUGUGUACAACCUGGUAAUCAAUGCCACAAAUCCUGAACCGCUGGUGGAAGGCGUUCAGUACAACUCAAGCUCUCUUACUGUGUUAAGAGUUUUUGUGACAAAUGUGGAUGAGCCACCUGCUUUCCGGAAGCCACUUUACAGAACAGAGGUGUCUGAAGACAUUCCUGUCAAUACCUUGGUCAUGAUGGUGGAGGCCUAUGAUCCUGAAGGGGAUUCUGUACGAUACUCCUUGGAAGGUGAUGUGAGAAAAUGGCUGAGAAUUGAUUCAGUCACCGGGCAGGUAUACACUGCUUCCCCUCUGGAUCGAGAAACUGAAGAAAUAUACUCAGUAGAGGUCGUUGUAUCAGAGCUAAAUAAUGCAGCUCAGAAAUCCAAAGUGUUCUUGAUUCUACACUUACGUGAUGUGAACGACAACUAUCCACAAAUAGCUACGGAUUAUCCUACUUUCUUCUGCUACCCAGUCAGUGGAGGAGAGAGAACUCUCAUUCAAGCUACUGAUGCUGAUGAACAGUUUUUUUAUUCAAAAUUUACAUUUUCCCUUGCGGAUGAGAUGAAUGCAAGAAAUAAUUGGGAAAUCUCAAAAUUCAAUGCUACUCAUGCUUACCUGUCCCUGAAGCAUGCUAACUUUGAAGAGAAGGUGUAUGAUGUUCCAAUAAUACUUAAUGACAAUGGAAAACCGCCUUUGGAAAACAAAGUGAAUCUUAAAGUAAGCAUCUGCAAAUGUUCCAGUGAAAAUUCAUGUUUUAUCGACAUAGACCGUGAGCACUCCUGGCCAACUGUUGGGCAGGCAAUUGGGAUUCUACUUGGGGUCCUGAUCAUCAUUGGUGUCAUUGUAGCGGGUGCGUUUUGCCACAUGAGAUACAAAGAGAAAAAUGAAAAGAGUAAUCCCAAAGAUGCAAAAGAUGAUGCUGAACUCAACAGACUGGCUUAAUGACUGUUUCAUCAAGAGACAAAACUGCCCUUUGGGCUGUGAAUGAGUGAACUGGGAAGCUUCCAAAGCCCACAGAUGUACUAUCA